AACGGUCAGGGUUAUAAGCAAGGUGAGACACUGACACCAAACCACAACGCACUGUAUCAAUUGAAAAAGGUAAAGAAUAUGUUUUCAGAAAAUUAGACAUGGUAAAGUUGAUUUGGCUGCUCAUAUUUUAUUGUGAGAUUUCACUCAGAGGUCUGAGUGGUGAUGGACCUGUCUGUAGUUUGGUCGGUUCAUUCCUCGCGUUUUGCUUGUUUGGACUGUCAGACACGUUUCGCAAUAUCAAAACCCACCUAAGCAGUACACCUUAUUUUUUUUCCAAUUAAGCAUGCAAGUUAGAGUGAUGCUUUUUCCAAGCCUUAUUAAGUAGGGUAGCGAAUGAUGAGAUGAUGAUGAGAAGGAUAAUAGGAACAGAGAUGUGGAAUCCCCAAGCACUCCUACCACUUUUGGCUUAUUGUACGCCAUACUUUUUCCCAGUGAAACUUGCAUGUUGAGUGAUGCUUUCUUCCAAGCAGUCUUAAGCAAGGUAUGGAUUGUUUCAUCUUCGAUGUGUUUUGUGCCGGUGCCUCAUCCUACAUAUAACCCCGAUCAAUCUUGCUUAAUUGUCCGUAUUAUUAACAUUUAUCUUUGAAACAUUAUUAAUAGAGGAUCAAGGUUAUUAACAGGGUGAGGCAUUGAUGCAAAGGCACCACUUAAAUUGGCGAAAUGUUUAAAAUGAUAGUUGAAAACAGUGAGGAGAGGACGACCAGAAUGGUUAAACUACUAGUUCUUGGAUAAAUCAAUCCAAAUUUUGUUCCAAAUAUUUUUUGUUCCAUAUAUUCCAUUUACUUUUCUCUAUGGUGGGAUUUAAUAUAAGGCGCUUAUCCAAAAAGUGAAACAUUUUAAUUUUAACACAUGAUAUAAAUAAAUGGACAAAUCAUAACUAGACACAUAACCACAUAGCAAAUUAAUUCAGCACAGAACGAUAUAUUUCCCCAUAAUCACAUAUUUUAAGCUUCAGCUUGCAAAUGGAAAUUGACCAGGUCGAGAAAGCUCACUGCAGGCGACACGACAUCCCGAAGAGGAAGUGCUGAUCUCAUUCGGCUGCGGGCAGCUCUCCUAAAUCAGAAUGUCAGAUACUAAUCGGUCGAAAGGUGUAAAGCCCUGGUAGAAGAGGUGUAAAUGACGUUCGGCCUCUCAGAGAGGACAAGAAAGCUCCAGAAUGGAAGUCGAAUACUACAACAGGCACAGUGAGUCGUUCAAAUGGGCCAGCAUCGCCACCCACGUCUUAGGCGUCGCCCACUUCACAACGGCCAUCCUGUACGAUUACAUUUCAAAAACAUACGUCCUCCAAGGGGUCAAGCAGUAUUACUUUUACAGGCUGAGGUUUUUAACGCACUGGAACCUUUACCUUCAAUGGAUAUAUUUCUUAUCCAGAACGGUCAUGGACAUGAAGAGAAUAUUUCAAGAGCGUAGAUGUCGGUCACGUUAUGACAAUUUUUUGGACUACGUACAGAUGUCUGCGGCUUUUCCUUUUACUUUGUUUAUAUCGGUGUCUUACUGGUUUCUGGUUUCAAUCAACCCCAGUUUCGUCCACACGGAGACCGGCCCGAGAAGCACGUUCCUCCUCAACCAGAUGAUACACACCAACAUCCUUCCUUUGCAAAUCUUGGAAUUAAUCACGACGAAAAAGAUCAAAACGUCAACGACCGUAUGCAUCGCAGCUUGUAGCAUAAUACAGUUUUUGUUCUUUGCAUGCAUGCUUUACUUUUAUCACACUAAAGGUACCUGGUCGUACCCAAUUAUCGGGAUUCUCAAAGGAUAUAAAAGGAUCCUACUUUUAGCCGGCUGUUAUUCCACUAAUAUUGUUUUCUGUUAUUUUGGAGAUGUCAUCAACAAUAAGUUAUGGGGGAAAUUGAGCCUGGAAAACGAAACGAUCAAUGACACAAACAACUGUCAACGAGAAAUGGAAUAACAAAUAAAUCACUUCUUAUUUA